AUCAGCAUUGCCCCACCCAACUCAAGGACCCUCUUUCCUUUGCUGGCAUCCCCAUUUCCACACUCUCUCUUCUCUUUUCUUUUCAAAUCAAAAUGAUGUUGAGAUCCAUCAAAUCCCUAGCAACCUCUCCGUCAUCCCACAUCCUCCGCCGUGGCUAUGCCUCUGAGGCCGUUCCCGACCGCAAGGUUGCCGUCCUCGGUGCUGCUGGAGGUAUCGGUCAACCACUUGCCCUUCUCAUGAAGCUUAAUCCUCUCGUCUCCAGCCUCGCUCUCUACGAUAUUGCUAACACUCCCGGUGUCGCCGCCGAUGUCAGCCACAUCAACACCAGAUCUGAGGUUUCUGGGUAUUCAGGUGAAGCUGAAUUGGGGAAAGCCUUGGAGGGAGCUGAUGUUGUAAUCAUUCCAGCUGGUGUGCCAAGGAAGCCUGGAAUGACCCGUGACGAUCUCUUCAACAUCAAUGCUGGGAUUGUAAAGGGUCUCUGUCAAGCAAUUGCCAAGUACUGCCCUCACGCACUUGUUAAUAUGAUCAGCAACCCAGUGAACUCAACAGUCCCUAUUGCUGCUGAGGUUUUUAAGAAAGCAGGAACCUAUGACCCGAAAAGGUUGUUUGGUGUGACUACCCUUGAUGUUGUUAGGGCCAAGACAUUCUAUGCUGGAAAGGCCAAGGUGCCAGUUGCAGAGGUUAAUGUACCAGUUGUUGGUGGCCAUGCAGGCAUAACCAUUCUCCCAUUAUUUUCACAAGCCACACCAAAAGCCAAUUUAUCUGAUGCAGAGAUUACUGCUCUUACAAAGAGAACUCAAGAUGGAGGGACGGAAGUUGUGGAAGCAAAGGCUGGAAAGGGCUCUGCAACUUUGUCAAUGGCCUAUGCUGGAGCCAUUUUUGCUGAUGCGUGCUUGAAGGGGCUCAAUGGAGCUCCAGAUGUGGUUGAAUGUUCAUAUGUGCAAUCAACUAUCACUGAACUUCCUUUCUUCGCUUCUAAGGUGAGGCUCGGAAAGAAUGGCGUGGAGGAAGUUUUGGGGCUAGGUCCUCUCUCUGACUAUGAAAAGGAAGGUUUAGAAAAGUUGAAGCCUGAACUCCAAUCAUCUAUUGAGAAGGGAAUCAAAUUUGCCAACCAGUAAUUCAAGCAAUGAUAUUUGCUCCUUCCAUCACAAACGCACGCAAGUUUUGCAUUUUCAGUGUUGUAUUUGCGGCUGCCAGCAGCUGCAGCAUUGCUUUUUCAUGUAGAGUAGGCACAUAAAACCAUGUUUUAUCAAUAAAAUACCCUGUGACUUGAGGUGGUAGUUGAUACUCUGGAGAGAAUUGGAAAUCUAGUUUAUGCUAAGUGCAAAAUGCUUGUAAGAUUUUAUUCUUAUUCACAGGGAUGAUAUUUAUAAAUCAGAACCUAUCUGGUGGACCGAUA